CUCAGGUAUUCAACAUGAUGCUCAUCACAGUGUUUAUGCUGGUUGCUGUAACCCUCUCUCAGGGGACAGGUGCUGAUUCCGUUCCUGAUCCAAAGUGUGUAGCGCAACCUGGGGAUAAAUCAGCAUGCUUGUCAAUUACAUUUGUAAAAACUGGAAAACUGGUUACAGCACUUCAAAGCUUCCUCUGUGCAUGUCCUGAAAAUGCGGGUCAAGCUUUCAAUUUCCAAGAAUUUAAAAAAUUGUAUUUUGCGCUGAAAGCUGAACUUGCAUGUGUUGGUUGUGAUGUUAAUAUUCUUUUGGGUACAGGACUGAAAUUGGAAGACCUACUCUCUAGUAACAUUGAGGAUGUGGACAAACUAACAUCAGCAGUAAAUAAGUUAUUGGGGGGCCUUAACCUUGGCGGUGUAGUGAAACUUCUUUGCAAAGUGGUAACUGCCCUGAACACACCAUGUGUCCAAGAUCUACUACAGACAGAAACCAGCACAGAUGUCACCGGUCUGCGUAUGCUUCUGUCAAACUCGCACAUUAUAAUCAGACUCGCAUUACAAGGUGCUAGUUACAUAGAGAAAAAGCCACAUGGACUAACACUUUGCAACAGACUUGAAAGCGCAAAUUCCUUGCUAUUACAUGGGCCAAGUUUUGGGACAAACUUGAACCAUUUAAUGUGUUAUGACCUCCAUGCAAUUCUGUAUUUUGCUAACCUUAAGGCUCUUUGUGACUGUACCACUUAUACCAUCAUUAGAGCUAGCAGUAUGAUCCCUAUUGACAGCAUCAGGGACCAAGAAAAGCCUUUACAGUUCAGGGAAGCCUUCCCAGGCUUUGCUGUAUCACCAACGGGUGUUAGCACUGUGCAUAUGCAGACUGCCAGAAACUAG